CUUGCCGCAGCCGCAGGACCGCUCCGGUGCAGCUCGGGCGCGGGUCUCUGCGGGAGCCACCCUAGACCUCCGCAGCUGCUUCUGGAACAUGGCUGACUCGGAAAACCAGGGGCCUGCGGAGCCGAGCCAGGCGGCGGCGGAGGCGGCGGAGGAGGUAAUGGCGGAAGGCGGCGCGCAGCGGGGGGACUCGGACAGCGCGGCCGGGGACUCGGACAGCGCGGCCGGGCAGACGGCCGAGGAGCCCCAGACCCCCGCGGACAACGCGCCAAAGCCCAAAAAUGACUUUAUCGAGAGCCUGCCUAAUUCGGUCAAGUGCCGAGUCCUGGCCCUCAAGAAGCUGCAGAAGCGCUGCGAUAAGAUAGAAGCCAAAUUUGAUAAGGAAUUCCAGGCUCUGGAAAAGAAGUAUAACGACAUCUAUAAGCCCCUACUUGCCAAGAUCCAGGAGCUCACCGGUGAGAUGGAGGGGUGUGCAUGGACCUUAGAGGGGGAGGAGGAGGACGACGACGAGGAAGAGUACGAGGAUGAGGAGGAUGAGGAGGAGGGGGAGGAGGAGGAGGAGGAAGCUGCGGCAGAGGCUGCUGUGGAGGCGGCGGCUGCCAAAGAUGAGGGUCCCCACUCUGCAGUGCCUGACGACGCCAAGAAAUAAGCAGGGCCAGAGAUUGAAGAGGAAGAGUGACGACGAAAGCAAAACCCCCUAUUUUAUUUAUUUCUUUCUCUUUUUUUGAAUAUUGGUGGACUUAAAAAUAAGGCUCAGGUUUGGGACCAAAAUACAAUGUGAAUCAAUUUUGACAUUCCUAAAAUUAAGUUAAAUUGAAGCAAUCAGAUCCUGGCCAGCCCGUUUCAAAUUUUUCAUUUUGAACACAAUAAAUGUGUAUCAAAAGGUGUUGAAGAAAACAAGUUAAAUUUAAAAUGAUUUUUUUUUUCAUGAUCUCUUCUGCACGGACUGCAAUUGAGGCUUAAGGGUGUCAAGUAGAUGUGAAGAAUGUCACUUUGAAACCUAUUCAUCCCACCACCAUCACACUACACACGCAACACCCAGACCAAGACUGAAUGAACAUGUUCUCAAUGCUUAAUUCUUCAGUUUCUUUAGUCCGGACAUUCUCCAGUGCAGAAAAAGCAGAAGACUCUCAUCUUUAAGUCUUUGCUUUUGUAACCCACACAUCAGCUUUACACUUCAGAGAAGAGUGAUGGAAUUGUGGAAGCCUGUGAUGGAGAUCAUGACAGUACUGUGUAAUGAGGUCUGGAAAACUGCCACUUCAAAUUCUAAAGAAUGUUCUGAAUAUCUGAAUUUAAGACAAGCAACAUGGUUCUGAGAAGGAGGGUGUAUAACCUGUAUAAUAUUGUCAACAUAUGUGUUCGUUAUUUACAGUCUUGUGUUUAUGUGUUUUCUUGGUAGCGUCUAUUUACAAAGGUGAAAAAAAAAAACCAAAAUGUUUUAAGUAUUCAAUCCCUUUACCUAGCAUUCUAGAAAUAUUAAUUUACUUGAAAAGAUGUAGAAUGUAGCAAAUCCUGUAAAGCAUGUGUAUUCAGUGUUUUAUGUAGUUUGAUCCUUGUGAAGUCUUUUUGUCAUGUAGCUUUUAGAAUGUAGCUGUGAAAAUUAUCAGAACUCUUCAAUGAAGCUAAUGUUUGGAAAAAAUAAAUACUUGAAGAACCAAUACAAGUGUGUGUCCCCACCCCCAGCUCAGAAGUAGAAGGGUUUAAGUUUGCUUGUAUUAGCUGUGCCUUCAUUAUUUUGCUAUGUAAAUGUGACAUAAUAAAUUAAAAAAUGGUGCAUAUUCAAAUUUUAAUGCUUGAAGACAGACUGGCAUACAGUUAAGGAUUUUCAGGAAGGACACAUUAAAUGUAAAGACUCUUAAGCUUCCUUGUGGGUUUUGAAUUUUGUGUGAUUCAGUGAUCUAUAAAGAAACAUAAGCAUAAAGUUGUUUACCACUGUAGUAUUAAUAAAACAGUAUUUUCAAAAAACAAAAGGACUCGGAAUACUCUGCCUGCCUGGAAUCAAAUCCCAGCUCUGCCUCUUACAAGCAACGAACCUUACACAAGUCAGUUGAUCUGUUUCAGUUUCUCCUUCUAUAAAAGGGGAUAGUAACAGCCUCU